AUGAAAAUUGUGGUUAAGGAGGGAUUCGUUAAAGGCCUAUACGUUGGCGUACGACCCGCUCUGAUCGGCGAUAUCCUCGAGAAGUCUGUCCUAUUCUUCGCCUACGAUGUGUGUCAGCAAUGUGUCUCUUAUUUCAGAGGCUCAGACCAAUUGACCACUUUUGAUAAGGCAUUAUCAGGAUUUUAUGCAUCGUUUUUCUCAUGUAUGGUCUGUUCUCCUCCGGAACUAAUAAAAGUCAAAUUACAGGCGUUAAGAGAAACUGGAGUCAACACUAAUAUUAGUUCCGUUCAAAUGACGCGACAGAUACUACGCGAAGAAGGUGUGCACCGAUUCCUGAGUCUUAUUUGCGACACAAUAUCACAAAUACAAAACUCUUUGUCCGCAGGAAUUGUGGGCCUCUAUCGAGGGCUGGCCUUAACGCUGAUCCGAGAGAUGCCCGGAUACUUCUUCUACUUCGGUGGCUACGAGUUGGCCAAACAAACGAUGUCCUCAAACGCACCGCCGUAUCAAUCGCAAGAAUUGGGGUUCGCGAAGACAACGAUCGCCGGCGGAAUCGGUGGCGUGUGUUUCUGGACGUCGAUGUUUCCGUUCGACGUGAUUAAGUCGAGGGUUCAGAUCGGUUCCGGCGCCGUACCGAAGAUGGCCUCUGUUUUUGUGGACAUUGUCCGCACGGAGGGCUUCCGCGGUCUGUACAGCGGUCUGUGGCCAACCCUAUUGCGGGCGUUUCCCACUCACGCCGCGCUCUUUCUCGCCUACGAGUACUCGAAGCAAACAGUACCUAGAGUGCCCGCACUUCGAGACGUGUUGCGCCUCAAGAGCGACGUCUUUAGAGCCAUGUUUUCCGGAGAGUUCACAGAAUCUCAACAGAAAGAGAUCCGCAUCGAAGACAUCACUGUCUCGGCGUUCAAAACGAUGAUUCAAUUCCUAUACACCGAUCGACUCGUGUUGGCCGACGAGCGGGACUUCGGUCUCAUCGGCGACGCUCUCCAGUGCGCCGACAAAUACCGAGCCCUACGGCUGAUGGACGCCAUCGGCCAACACUUGUCCGCCGCGAUGACCGUCCAGAACGUCGAGAGUGUGGCCAAAAUGGCGUUCGGCUAUCGAAUGGAUUCGCUGAUCGAUUCGGUGAAAGAGAUGUUUGACAAACAUUUCGACCAAAUCUUGCGUAAAGAGCAGAAAGUGUUGAACAAAUUGAAUGACACGACAAACAACUUGUGGUUAGAAGUGAUGACAAAGAAUUUGUUGCGAACCCAAGAAUAUUCCGGAAACAAUCGCGUUGUGGUUAAGAGACGAAGAAUCAAUGAUUAUUUCGACUUUUUCAGCAAUGAUUACUAA